AUGCGCAACACACUCCUCCUCUCCGCCACAACGGCUCUCCUAACCGCCACCACUACCACAACCGCGCAAGCAACAGCCACCACAUCCUCCAAACGCGGCCUCUGCCACGUCCCGUCGUCAAAAAACCCCUCCGACGACAAAAUCUGGACAUCUGGCCCCUCGCCCCCAACCUGGUACUACAACUACGAAAAAGACCCCUCCCCAGCCUACGCAAACGACCCAUCCAUGCACUUCGUCCCCAUGCUCUGGGGCGCCAGCGCCUCCGACAAAGGAACCCCCUUCCUGGACACCGUCAGAAAACUAAUCAACUCCGGAAUAAAUAUAACCCACGUCCUAGGCUUUAACGAGCCCGACGGCGGCCACAGCACCGGCGGCUCCAACCUCGGUGUCGCCGUCGCGGCCGCACGCUGGAAAGCCGAAAUCGAGCCCUUGAAAGAACUCGGCGUUAAAUUGGGGGCUCCCGCCGUCACAGGCGCGGAGUCCGGGUGGCAAUGGCUAGAGAAUUUCUUCAAGGAGUGUGGUGGAGGUUGUAACCCAGAUUUCAUCCCCGUCCAUUGGUAUGGCAACUUUGAGGGCAUGAUGAGUCAUGUGGGCCAGGUGACGACCAAAUGGCCCAAUAUGACUGUUUGGGUUACCGAGUAUGGGUACCCGAAUCAGGGCAUGGAGGAGACUGUGAGUUUUUUUAAUCGUAGUGUGCAGAGUUUUGAUAGUUGGCCGUAA